CUCUGGUGACGUCCCGGGUUUCGGAUGGUGCGAAUGAGAUGGCGACUGUCCAGUUUAUGAGCUCAGACCCCAGCGACGUAAUCUACUGGUGAAGGAUAGGUUUCCAGUAUGCCAUCCUCUCUUUGGGAGUAUAUAAAGCAUCGUUUCUCCCGCAGGAUAAUCUGUCGUACUUCACCUUGUCUUCGUGCUGCCACUCUCUUUCCACGUCGGGGGAGAUAUAUGCCAAGGAUGGCGGCAGGCUCAUUUGAUGGAACUUGCCAUCCUUAUGUCGCAGGCAUUCCGACUCCUUACGACUCCGUCCCAUCCCUAGCUGCAGGAAUAGCUUUGUACGCUUUUCGGAACUUCUAUGAUCGCUCAUGCUUUGCAAUCCUCCUGCACUCGAAUGUGGUGGGGCUGCGUCUUCUCAAUUGGGUGUUUGGCACCCACUUUCUUCACUGCCGGAAUAUAUAUAAUACUGGGCCGACUGAUACUUUUUUUCGGGGAGGAAUCGUCUCUGCUUAGCCCUCAGACGUACCUUUGGAUAUUCUGCACCUGCGCAUCUGAUAUCGUUGAUUGUCCAGGCAGCUGGUGGCGCCCUUGCCUCGGCGGCACUCUCGGAUCCAAGAGGAGAUACGAAGCUGGGAACGGAUAUAAUGGUGGGGGGCAUAAUCUUCCAAAUGGCAGCAAUCACGAUGUUCAUAAUUUGUGCCGGUACUUCUCUCGUCGCGUUGUCCGUCUUAAGUUGCGUUGUAUGAUGACAAGUCAAGUCAAAUGGCUGGUGGCUGCUACUUCUGCUUCCGUGGCAUUCAUCUAUAUUCGAAGUAUUUAUCGGACUGUUGAGCUGCUGCAGGGUUGGAGUGGAUACCUUAUCACACACGAGAAGUAUUUUAUCGUCUUGGAUAGCGCUAUGAUGGUUGCAGCAGUGGGUGUGUUCAAUGUCUUCCAUCCCGCUUGGCUGAUGCCGUCUGGGAGUUCUGUGAGCGAAACAUGGGGUCGAUCAACGAAGCCUUUGCAUCACUCAGCCAUGAAAUGCCUACAAUUACACGUGACAUCUAGAGACUGCUGGUGUGCUGACUAUGCUUGGCUUCUUGACCCAGGCGGGCACAGUGGAACAGGUAGGGUCCUUCAUGGAACUGCGUUGUGGCUUGAUGUCAAGGCGCAUGUUUCGGCUUGCUACUCGGGGCUAGUUUAUAUAUUAUAGGAGAUGAUAUAGAGGACAUAGAAGAAUCGCUGGAUAAUUGUGAAGUCUAUCAAGGUUAACUGAAACCUGAUCCUUGAGACACCUCUGUCUAGAUUGUCCGCCUCAAGCAUGACGAAAUACGACAACAGCACUCUACACUAUAUGAGCGUGGUUCC